AUGGAAAAAGUAAAAUGUAUAUUGACCAAGACAUUGGGUGAAAAAGCUGCGACGGAUUUUAUAAAAGCUUGCAUGGAAGUUGAUGAUACUCAAAUGAUAAAAAGACGUGUAUCUACUCUACUAGAUACUCGUAAAAUGGAAAAUCGUCAGGUUUAUGAAAUUCUGAUACGAGAGAAGAUACGAAGAAGUGGAUUUACUGGGGAGGGUUAUCGUAAAUCUAAUUGUAGUUCAGGUGUUUUAAAUAAUAUAUCAACAUCUUCCGACAGGAUUUCAAAUUCAGAAAAGAUUGAUGUAGAGCAGUCAUCAUCACAAACUACUAAAAAUAAAAAAAGACCCAAGUUCUAUCCAUUAUUUUGUGAAGGAGCUCAGAGCGAUCAACUCGUUUCUCUCUUGCCUGGUCGGCAUCCUUGUCAGUGUUUGGCAACUAAGCAUCAGUUAGUCAAUAAUUGUUUAAAUUGUGGUCGUAUAGUCUGUGCACAGGAAGGUUCAGGUCCAUGUUAUUAUUGUGGAAGUCUUGUUUGUACAAUAGACGAGGAAUACCAAUUAUCACUAGGGACUGCUAAACACAGUCAGAAACUACACAAUAAACUAUCGCAAGCAGCAUGGGCACCUGGCACUGAAACUCCAUAUUAUCGACUUAUUCGUCGAGCUCAGAAAUCAAAACAAGAAUCAACUAGUGAAAUAAUCUCUACUGAGUCUAAUUCAAAUAGUGGACUAGAAAGUGAUAGUGAUGACAAUAACCUAAUAAAAAAGUCAGCCCAGGGAGCUCAAAUUCGUUUGGAACAAGGUUUAAUCAAUGCAUUAUGUAAACGUGAUAAACUUUUGGAGUUUGAUACUACCUGUGCUAGACGAACUAGGGUUAUUGAUGAUGAAUUAGAUUAUUUCGCAACAGAGGGUGGCGUUGGAUCAGCUGCAUGGUUAAGUCCUGAAGUUCGUGAGAAGAUAGCUCAACGCGUAAUUGACUUACGAGCCCAAAGACAUUCACAUCGUCUACAGUCUGCACGUAUGUGUAUUGACCUAGACAAAUGCGAUGUUAUAAAAGAGGAUACAAGAGAUGAAGCAGCUGGGAAACUGUACAAUCCAAAUCAAGAAGAAAUGGAUGAACUUGGUAAAUCUUCAACUAUUUCAAAUGUUAAUCAGUCUUCCGGAGAUAGUCAAAAAACUGUUAACUCAAAUAAUGGUGAAAUAACCCUGCCUACUUUUAUACCUCAAUCUAUGGAUAGCAAACACUAUGAUGAUCAAAAUCCUGUCAUUGUGGCAUUAAAUCAAUCAACCUCUCUUUUACGAAUACAAGAUGAUGAGUCAAGACAACUUGUCGAUGAAGGUUAUUGUUUAAGCCUUCAUCAACCUUGGGCUUCAUUAUUAGUACGUGGAAUCAAGUUGGAAGAAGGUAGAACAUGGUAUACUCCGUAUCGUGGAUGUCUGUGGAUAGCAUCGACAGCAAAUAAAACUGAUCCAAAGGAAAUCACUGAAAUCGAGAAUAAAUAUUUGAAGGCUGGUGUCCCCAAAUCAGAUAUGCCAACAUCAUAUCCUACUAGUUGUCUUCUUGGUCGAGUUAAUAUUGUAAAUGUGAUAACACAAGAAGAAUAUCGUGAAAAACAACCUGAUGGACCAUCACAAAGUCCGUAUGUAUUCAUUUGCGCUGAUCCACGUGAAACUUUAAUUAAAUUCCCUAUACGUGGGAAGCACAAAAUAUAUAAACUAGAAAAACAUAUACAUAUUGCGGCGAAAAAAAAUCUUGCAUGA